AUGGCGGGAAAUGACUGGGUGAACAGUUACUUAGAGGCCAUUCUCGACGUCGGUCCCGGCCUCGACGAUGCCAAAUCUUCGUCCUCGCUGCUGCUCCGGGAACGAGGUCGUUUCAGUCCCACUCGUUACUUCGUCGAAGAGGUCAUCACUCGCUACGAUGAGACUGAUCUCCACCGCUCCUGGGUUCGAGUAUGUGCCGAAUCUAAUCUCGUCGUUAAUCUCGAUUUUACGCUGCGGCGACGGCGAGGAGUGCCGAGGAGAGGAACAGUUGGUGAUAUUUCAGCUCAUAAUAGUGAUAGCACUAGAGGAGGAAGAAUGCGUAGAAUCAAUUCUAUGGAUGUGAUGGCGAACUGGGCUGCUCAUCAAAAGGAAAAGAAAUUCUACAUUGUGUUAAUAAGCCUCCAUGGCUUGAUACGCGGUGAAAACAUGGAGCUUGGUCGUGAUUCUGAUACAGGUGGCCAGGUCAAGUAUGUUGUGGAACUUGCCAGGGCCUUGGGUUCAAUGCCUGGAGUUUAUCGCGUUGAUUUACUAACAAGACAAGUUUCAUCUCCAGAUGUGGAUUGGAGUUAUGGGGAACCAACUGAAAUGUUGAAUCCAGUAAACUCUGAGAAUCCACAAGAGGAGCUUGGGGAGAGUACUGGGGCUUAUAUAGUGCGUAUACCAUUUGUG